UCCUCGUCCUCGAACACGAAUCGAAGCAAAGCCAACGGUUCAGGCAUGAGCAGCCCCCGCGCCGUGCACCACCUCCUCCUCUCCCUCCUAGCUAUCUCCCUCUCGUGCAGCAGCGCCGCUCUGCCGCCGGUGUACGACACGGACGGCCACGAGCUGAGCGCCGACGCGAGCUACUACGUCCUCCCGGCCGUUCGCGGGCGCGGCGGCGGGCUCACGAUGGCAACCCGCGUUCUCCCGUGCCCGCUCUUCGUCGCGCAGGAGACCAACGAACUCCGCAGGGGUUUUCCCGUGCGCUUCACACCGCUGCAGGGUGGCGGCGCCGCGUCGUCCGACCGGACCGUGCGCGUCUCCUUCGACGUCCGCAUCCACUUCGACGCCGUGACGACGUGCGUGCAAACCACCGAGUGGUACGUCGGCGACGAGCCGCUGUCGGGGCGCCGGCUCGUCGUCACCGGCCCGGUCCUGGCCCCGAGCCCGAGCGGCCGGGAGAAGGUGUUCCGCGUCGAGAAGCACGGCCGCGGCUACAAGCUGGUGUCGUGCAGGGAUUCGUGCCAGGACCUGGGCGUGUUCAGGGACGUCGGGGACGUGUGGUUCGGCGCGAGCGACCCGGCUCAUGUGGUCGUGUUCAAGAAGGCGCCGUCGGUUUAAGCGACGUUGCAUGCGUGAUGCUCUGUGCGUGUAGCGUGCGCGUGCAUGCCGAAUAACCUGGGGUGAUUAGCUACGGAACUGUUCUGUUCCUAGUGACGAACUUUGUACUUGCGCACGGCUAUUUCUACGUGACUGGCCGAGGCCCAAUACACAUCCGGAUGAAAUAAAC